AUGGACCGCAGAGAGUACGGAGAAGGACGUAGACGCUGCUCACCGACCAACUGGGCGCUGGUCGAGGCGGACAGUAUGAACAGUGUUCUCCAGGAUGAUAACAAAGACGACGACACAUCAGCGAGCGAAAAUAUUCAAGGAUUCAAAAGCGAAUGGAGACAAUCUUGUGGUGGCGAGCGGUACUCUGGUAGCGCUGUAAGCCGUGAUGCCUUUAGCAUGCCAAGUGUCUUGCUGGGGAGCGAUCAAGACCCAACCAGCGCGCUGGCGUUGGAUCUGGAUCAACCCUGGCAGCGAUCGCUUUUAAGAGAGCUCGAAAACACUGACACUAUUCAUAAACGGCCAUUUCGAUCGGAUCGGAUGAUGCUUGGUCACGCCAACUCUGGAGACUUCGCUCUGCCGAUCGACGAUGAUUUUUCGGUUGAGACUGACACGAGUUCUACGAUUCCUACCCGAGGGAAGAAGACGCAAACGUUGUGCGGUUCUUCGAUCCCGUCCCCGCGGACUCUUCAGGAGGAGCACGACAUGUCCUCGAAUCACUGGGCGGACACCCCUAUCGACCCGGAAGAAUAUAGUGGUGAAUGGCACUGCACACCGAUGCAUCCACCGUAUGCCUUUCAAAACGACAAUACUACCGAGGUCAGUCUCCGACCGACUCCUAAGAAAGGUCCUGUCGGACGUAGAGGGUCCACGCAUGAUCUCCACUACCUGCAACGGGUCUCCGCCUUUGGCGACGAGCCGCAGCCGUUCCAACCGCGAUGGGUAGGGCUGGAAGAUGACGUCCUGACGGUGGAAACUAGUCAAAACGAAGCAAACUGUAUGUGUUGGGGUACAGGAAUUCUCGACUUUUUGCUACCGCCACGACAGAACGGCGCACCCUUCCGGGGCCGAAAACGUAGGACCUAUGUUUCGCCCCGUCCUCAACUUUCGGUGGUAAAUGAAGUUGUCGAGGAUAUCAUGGAAACUGCUUCGAAAGCUUCAAUAAGCCGCAUGCGCGAAGAGCCGACAGGCACCUAUCGAGACGAUCAAUUCUUUUACGGUGGUAUCUGUCGUUAG